UCAACAGCCGGUGGAGAAAAGCUACAUUUCUUCGAUUAUGGGUAGCUAGCAUACACAGAUAAAAUGUCUGCAGCUAGCCAAAAAGUAACUUUAGGUUCAGUCGCAUUAUUGGGGGGUUUAAUUGGGAGGUUUAAUCGUGGGGAAAACAUGUAGAAGUUCGGUUAUUUGAAUAUUUGGUUCGAAUACCACUAAAAACUAACUAAAAACUACAAGUCCCAAAGUCGUGCAGGCCCAGCCGGAAAUUGCUUGCACAGAUUUGGCGCUGAUCUAUCCGGGUACUUCAUUCGCUUCUUCCUUUCGCGCCGGGUAACCGGAGAGCCGUGCGUCCAUGUGCGCAGCGCCUGGGAGCUGAUAAGACAUCAGAAAUAGCCUCAAUCCGAGCCAAGCAAGCAAUCUUUGUUUCCUCCCCGCCAGCGAUGGAUCCCGAUGUUUUGGUUUUGGUCGAGGCCCUUCGGGGCACGAUGGACCCCAACCUGCGAGAGGCGGCGGAGAUACAACUUAGCGAGGGCCACACCCGGCAGCAUUUUUUAUCCACUCUGCUGCGCAUUACCAUGACUGAACAGCUGGAUUUGCCAGUCAGGCAAGCAGGUGUCAUCUAUCUUAAGAACAUGAUAACCCAGCACUGGGCUGGUGGAGAUGAUUCUUCCACAGAAACGCCUGUCAAUAAAAUCCCCUUUGAAGACCGACAGUUUAUUCGAGACAGCAUCGUGGAGGCUAUCAUCCACUCACCUGAGCGGAUCAGAGUCCAGUUGACAACAUGCAUCCACCACAUGAUCAAGCACGACUACCCCGCCAAGUGGACGACCAUCGUGGAUAAGAUCGGCUUCUACCUUCAGUCUGACAACCCCACAGGAUGGCUUGGCAUCUUGCUCUGCCUUUACCAGCUGGUGAAAAACUACGAAUAUAAGAAGCCUGAGGAGCGUCAGCCUCUGGUGGCUGCAAUGCACAUCUUCAUGCCUAUGUUGAAAGACCGUUUCAUCCAGCUUCUCCCGGACAACUCCUCCCAAUCUGUACUCAUACAGAAACAGAUCUUCAAAAUCCUCUAUGCUCUUUUCCAGUAUAACCUACCCCUGGAACUCAUCAACAAACAGAUCCUAACUGAAUGGAUGGAGAUUCUCAAGACAGUUGUGGAUAGAGACGUACCAACGGUGAGAACUGAGACGAUCAUAAAUUCUCUGCUACGUUAUACUGUAGCAUUAUCCACUGACUUGAUAUGUCCGGUGCACGAAACAAUGCAGGUUGAUGACGAUGAGGACCCUCCUGAGCUUCCUUGGUGGAAGUGUAAGAAAUGGGCUCUUCACAUUCUAGCUCGACUAUUUGAGAGAUACGGAAGCCCAGGCAACACAACCAAAGAGUACACAGAGUUUGCUGAACUUUUCCUCAAGGAAUAUGCCGUGGCAGCACAGCAGGUGCUGUUGAAAGUCUUACAUCAGUACAAGGAAAAGGAAUAUGUGGCUCCAAGAGUACUCCAACAGACACUCAACUACAUCAACCAGGGGAUAGCUCAUGCUCUCACAUGGAAAAACCUUAAACCACACAUUCAGGGCAUCAUUCAGGAUGUGGUUUUCCCCCUCAUGUGCUACACAGACGCCGAUGAGGAGCGUUGGAAAGAGGACCCCUAUGAGUACAUUCGCAUGAAAUUUGAUGUAUUCGAGGACUUUAUUUCUCCUACAACAGCUGCCCAGACGCUCCUCUUUACUGCCUGCAAUAAACGAAAGGAGGUGCUGCAAAGGACAAUGGGCUUCUGCCACCAGAUUCUCACUAAUGAAGCCAAUGAUCCCAGGAAAAAAGAUGGUGCCCUACACAUGAUAGGCUCUCUGGCGGAGAUCCUGCUCAAGAAAAAGGUUUAUAAGGACCAGAUGGAGUUCAUGCUGUACACUCACGUCUUCCCCCUGUUCAGCAGUGUACUGGGCUACAUGAGAGCCAGAGCCUGCUGGGUGAUUCAGUAUUUCUGUGAAGUGAGAUUCAAAAGUGAGAAGAACCUGCAAACAGCUUUGGAUAUGACCCGCCUCUGUCUAAUCAAUGAUAAUGAGAUGCCAGUGAAGGUUGAGGCUGCCAUUGCCCUGCAAGUUCUCAUCAGCAACCAGGACAAAGCCAAAGAACACAUCACCCCAUACAUUAGGCCAGUAAUGCAGGCAUUGCUGCAUAUUGUCAGGGAGACGGAAAACGAUGAUCUCACCAACGUCAUACAGAAGAUGAUCUGUGAAUACAGUGAGGAGGUCACACCUAUUGCAGUAGAGAUGACUCAGCACCUGGCUAUGACAUUCAAUCAGGUCAUUCAGACUGGGCCUGACGAGGAAGGUGGAGAUGACAAGGCUGUGACGGCUAUGGGCAUCCUCAACACCAUUGACACCUUGUUGAGUGUGGUGGAGGACCACAAAGAGAUCACAGAGCAGUUGGAGGGCAUCUGUCUGCAGGUGAUUGCGACCGUGCUGCAACAGCACGUAAUGGAGUUUUACGAGGAGAUUCUGUCAUUGGCACACAGCCUCACUUGCCAGCAGGUGUCACUUCAAAUGUGGCAGCUCCUUCCACUGGUUUAUGAAGUCUUCCAACAGGAUGGAUUUGACUACUUCACAGACAUGAUGCCUCUGCUGCACAACUAUGUAACAGUUGAUACGAACACCCUCCUCUCAGACACCAAAUACCUGGAAAUCAUGUACGACAUGUGCAAGAAGAUUCUAACAGGUGAUCCAGGUGAAGAUCCCGAGUGCCAUGCAGCCAAACUUCUGGAAGUAAUCAUUCUGCAGUGCAAAGGUCGAGGCAUUGACCAGGUGGUUCCCCUUUUUGUGGCUGCAGCGCUGGAGCGUUUGACCCGGGAGGUGAAGACCAGUGAGCUGAGGACUAUGUGCUUGCAGGUGGCCAUUGCUGCACUUUAUUACAGUCCCCCUCUGCUCCUCAACACUUUGGAGAAUCUGCGUUUCCCCAAUAACAGCAAGCCAAUCACAUACGACUUCCUCACCCAGUGGCUAAGAGAUGUCGACUGCUUCCUCGGCCUCCACGACAGAAAGAUGUGCAUCCUGGGCCUCUGUGCUCUCAUUGACCUGGAACACAGACCCCAAAUUAUCACAGAGUUUGGUGGUCAACUUCUUCCAGCAGCCAUUUUGCUCUUCAGUGGCCUCAAGAGGGCAUACGCCUGCCGAGCGGAGCACGAGAAUGACGAUGACGACGACGACGAGGAUGGGGAGGAUGACGAUGAUAACGCUGAAUUGGGUAGUGACGAGGACGAUAUUGACGAGGAAGGUCAGGAGUAUUUGGAGAUGUUGGCCAAGCAGGCAGGAGAGGACGGAGAUGACGAAGACUGGGAGGAAGACGACGCCGAGGAGACGGCGCUCGAGGGCUACACUACAGCCGUAGAUGACGAAGACAACUUGGUUGAUGAAUAUCAGAUCUUUAAAGCCAUACUACAGAGUAUCCAGACACGUGACCCGGCGUGGUAUCAGACGCUUACUCAAGUACUCAACGAAGACCAAGGCAAACAGCUUAUCGACAUUGGCACGUUGGCAGACCAGAGACGGGCAGCACAUGAAUCCAGGAUGAUCGAAAAGCACGGCGGAUACAGAUUUACAGCCCCAGUGGUGCCACCUAGUUUUGACUUUGGCGGCACCGCUCCCGGAAUGAAUUGAGUCACCCUCUACUUUUUAUUACUCUGUGACUGAUUGUAGUGAAGUGAAAAAAGCUUGUGUUGUUCCCUUAAGUAGUGGUUCCAGAACUGGUUCUUCUUCUCAGUCAUUCUUCAAUCUUAAUCAAAUGGGGGAAAUAGCACAAGAAGACAUGGAAGAGCAACCAAAAUGCAACCAAUGACUGGGGAAUACAAACCAAGAACUUGAGCACGAUGCAAGAGGAAAUGUGCUGAACAACACAGUGUUCUGGAGUCCAGUGUGGAGGGCUAUAAUGGUGACAACGCUCCUGUUUUUCCCACUGAAACAAAAUUGGGGGAUUAACCUUUAAAUUGAUAAUGGGACUAAAUAAUACAUUAUCACUCUAUCGGCCGCACGGCCGUAAUAAGAUUAUACCUCUGGUAGCGAUAAUACUUGUUUUCAGCAUAAACGCUCCAGUUUAUGUACAUACAAGCCAAGGUUAUUGAUUUUUCAAGUAGCCUUGAAAUGCAACCAGAGGCAUUUAUAAGGUGUCAGCAGCUGUAUUCAUAUGUAGCAUACUGGAUACUUCAUAGCGCUAUGUGAUGCCUGAUCUCUGUAAAUUUAUGACUAGCACUUUCAUAUUGUUCAGGUCUCCUAGCCUUCUGUAUCGGACUGCAAUUUUUUUUUUUAAAUUGAAGAAUAUUUCAAAGCUGUAAGUUUGCUGCGAUGGCUACUUGUCUUCAUACAGAGCGGAUCGGGGGCAACUCGGAAACCCGAGGUUUCUGCAAGAGAAUGUUCUUGGUGUUCAGUAUGGCUACAGGACGUGUUUCGAGCACUGAAAGUACAAUUGAUUACAUUGUGGAAGCAUGUACAAUUGGACUUAUCGUGAAGGUCUCAAGCAUUUGGUUGGUGUAUGGAUGAACCAUCUAUAUAACAACGUAUUAAAAACAAAAGCUAAGGGAA